AUGCCGUGCGGCGUGGAUAGCCCACAUCUACUUGGCCCAACGGCUUCAGAUUUGGUGAAGUAUGGGCAAAAGGAUACCAUACUUGCCGGCUUUCAUACAGACCUCAACUGCCUGACGAUCCACGGUCGUUCACGGUAUCCUGGACUCAACAUCUGGGCACGUAAUACUGGAAAGCGCAUCCCCGUUAGAUUCCCACCCACUGGACGUUACCUACUCGUGCAAGCAGGAAAGCAGAUCGAACAUCUGACCGGAGGCCUUAUCAAAGCUGGGUUCCAUGAAGUAGUCGUGAACGAGGCUACGCUAAAGGUUGUCGAGCGGCGUAAGGAGAGUCACGCUGACCGGCCGAAUAUUCGUAUAUCAUCAACAUUUUUCUGGCACCUCUCAUCUGAUUAUGAACUUGUUCCGAUCCCUAAGCUAUCUGAACGUGCAAAUGCGUUCAAUCCGAGUCAAACGGCCUAUCAGAGUACGGUUUAUGAACGGAUGAAGGUGGGACAACAGGUUCAGAAGUGA